AUGGAGAUUUGGCUUAGAAAUCACCCAAGGCGAUGCAUCACUGUAAGCGAAGUUCCUUCUUUAUUUGGCAGAGCAUAUCUUCGUGCUACUACUCCGAUAACUGCUAUUAAGGGAUUUGAAAAAAUUGGACUGUACCCAGUAAACCGCACUGUAUUUACCGAGGAUAUGUUUAUUGCAACACUUCCAACAGACAAACCACAAGAACAGGAUGAUGUACCAUCUUCAUCCGAUUCCGAAGAUGAUCCACCCGAACAUAACGCUAAUUCGGAAGGUACACGCGAAAUUGAAACUAAUAGAGAAGCUACACCCGAAAAUGACCCUAAUAGAGAAUCUCUACCUAAACAAAUAAUGGCUCUUUCAAAGAAAUGUUCCGAGGUUGCCAAAAGAAGUGCUUUACAUGAUAUGCCAUCCACGAGCAAAGGUAUAACUUUGAUAAGUCCUGAACAAAUUGCUCCUUAUCCCAAAGUUCGAAAAGCUACCAUUCUUGCGAGCACCCCUUAUAAGGAAGAAUUAGAAAACUCUUUAAAGGAAAGAAAUAAAAAAGUUAAUGUUAAGAAGAUAGCUUUAAAAACAAACAUCAACUUACUGAAUGAAGAAAAAUCUAAAAAUCCUUUAAUCAAAACGAAAAAAUUACAAAAAAAGAGCAUUGAAUCAUCAGAAAGCGAUGAUGAUGCGGAAUGCUUUUACUGCAACAACAGGUAUUCAAAAGAUGGACGUGGCAAAGGAUGGAUACAAUGUCUUAGUUACACACACAUACAUCAUUCCGAAAAUAGUCAAAACGGAUUCAGGGGACCCCAAAACGUAAAAAUCCGUCAAAAACUGGAGGUCGAAAAAAAUCAUGAUUCCUAUACUUUCAGAUACACUUACAGAUAUACAGAUAGGAAAAUGAAUACUCUUUUGCUACUACUCUUCGUUGCCAUCGUAUGUGCAUUACCCUCAGCUCUGCCAAUAAGUAGCGAGACUUUUGCAAACUACCAUCAAGAAAUCAUCUAUCCAACUUCAAAGAAUUUUUUCGAACAUUAUUCUUCACAAAUACCAGCUGGAUUUAAGCCCGUAUUUAGGCCAGUCACUCGAUCCAUUCUAGAUUUUUAUGAAUCUCCUAAAUUGGCUAUAAGAGCAUCAGCUCUAAAACUUCGAGAUACUGUUGGUCGGCGUAGAGUAAAAGAAAACCAAUCCGGUAUACUUGAAGUUAUAAAGGAUAUUGCAGUGUUUGGUGGCGCAGCUGAUGAACGACUUCGCAUUGAAACUAUAAGAUUUCUUCCCAUACGAGUCAAUACAGAUGAAGGAAAGAGACAUGUCGUAAAUGUUCCUGUUAAACUAUGCAAACCAGAUUCUACGUUACAUUUGAAACAUAAAGAUGGCACAUUCUGUACUGCUACAAUAAGAAAUCUUGAAUCUUUAGCUUCAAUUUUUUACCUUGAUUAUCGUGUAAAAUUACCGGAUCAUGAUUUCGUGGUCGCGGAAAAACAUAAACUUAUUUCUUCUGUUUAUGCAGGUAUUGUAAUAAAGAAAGAUGGCGAAGGGAAAUCUGAAGCUAUGAUACACUCUGGGCACAUACGCCCACCUCAGUACCCUUUGUUUACUCCGAACAACUUUGACCAAAGACCAGAGACCGUUGGACAAAUAGAAGAGUAUAAGAAGGCUUUAGCGGAAGAAGCCGAAGAAAGGACUAAAUAAAAUGAAAUUUCGUCUUCAGACGUUGAUGGUCUGGACGGAGGGAUCAAGUCCUUCGUCAAUGUUAGAGGGGACAGUUUUAAGUAUAAUUAUAGGGUUUGAAGGCGGUCAUGUAUCCUAAGCGAAUUUGUAAUUAUUUUGUUUAUUUUUUUGUAUUUUUUGUAGAUGAAAUUUUACACGUCUGUCACUAUAUGAGAAAAAUAAACAGCCUGUUUUAAAUUAAAUUCAUAAUACAGCGUGAUUAAAAAAUUAGGGAAUAACCUUAACUUUUAUAUGAAGAACUGUUUUUUAACUUUUUCCCCUUUCAGAUCCUAAACGAGUGACUAUUUACAAAAAAAAAAAUAUUAUGGUCAUUGCAUUUCAAAAUGAAUUAGCUUUAUUUUUUUUUGUUUAGUUAUUUAUUUAUCAUUUUUUAAUCACGUUGUAUAAAUCAAAGUACAAAUUGCAGUAUUAUCUAUUUGCUCUAAUGUUGAUUCAAUAGUCUUUACCACUUUUUAAACCUACACUUCUCUAUAUAGCGUGUUUGAAAAACAUGUAGAAAUGCUAUAAAACUAAUAUAAUUUUGUGUCUUUCA